AUGCGCUCUGAACAGGAGGAGGUUGAGGCGUGUGUGUGCUUGUUUUUCCCCACUCCAGCUUUGUGGACUGAAAUCAUUUCGUACUUUUGCUGUUUUGCCGUCUUUUACAGAAAGCAGAGUGUUUUUCGUUCCGUUUUUCUCUUCCCGCUCGCACCCGCCGUCAAGCUGAAGUUCAUCGUCAUCAUCCUGGCCGCCGGUAUGGUGGCCUUCAUCGGAGCGGUAAUCUGCAUCAUCGCCGCCGUGCACACCGGAUCGUCCAGAGCCGGUGCGGCUUCCCAGCAGCCGGCCAGCGACAACCACUCGCUGUAUCCGGACGCCGCGCCGCUGAAGCCGCAUUCGGGAGGCUCGGCGGCGCGCGCGGGGUCUCUGGGAGCUCUCCAUGGUUCUGAAACGCCACAUUCAGAGGCGCCAACCUUCAACAUCGGCCUGAGCGAGCAGGACGGAGUCACGGGACUCACCGGGAACGACCCAGCCGUCAGCAGACUUAUUUGUACGCCGAUCCCCGCUGGAGGGUGCGACCCCAAAAACUUGCAACAAGCGGAUGAGCCCGCGCUGUACGCGGGCGACGACUGGGGCUCCCUCCGCAGCACUGCCGACCAGCUCCGGCAGACCGUUCUGCAGCAGAAGGACCAGAUCCUGACCGACCAGCGCACCAUCCGAGAGCUGACGGGGAAACUGUCCGAGUGCGAGGAGGGGCUGGACGGCAGGAGCAGCGCCGACAGGCGCGCCGGGGCCGCGGGGCUGUGGGGAGGCGCAGGCACCGGGGACGAGGCGCGUUUGGACCGGAUCAUGGUGCGGGACAGCCCGGACAGCGUGCACACCUUCCUCACGGUCAGAGCUGUGGAUGAACUGGAGCAGGCGAUCACGCAACUCAAAGACCGCAUCGAGAAACUGGAGGUAAGAUCGUCCAGAGCCGGUGCGGCUUCCCAGCAGCCGGCCAGCGACAACCACUCGCUGUAUCCGGACGCCGCGCCGCUGAAGCCGCAUUCGGGAGGCUCGGCGGCGCGCGCGGGGUCUCUGGGAGCUCUCCAUGGUUCUGAAACGCCACAUUCAGAGGCGCCAACCUUCAACAUCGGCCUGAGCGAGCAGGACGGAGUCACGGGACUCACCGGGAACGACCCAGCCGUCAGCAGACUUAUUUGUACGCCGAUCCCCGCUGGAGGGUGCGACCCCAAAAACUUGCAACAAGCGGAUGAGCCCGCGCUGUACACGGGCGACGACUGGGGCUCCCUCCGCAGCACUGCCGACCAGCUCCGGCAGACCGUUCUGCAGCAGAAGGACCAGAUCCUGACCGACCAGCGCACCAUCCGAGAGCUGACGGGGAAACUGUCCGAGUGCGAGGAGGGGCUGGACGGCAGGAGCAGCGCCGACAGGCGCGCCGGGGCCGCGGGGCUGUGGGGAGGCGCAGGCACCGGGGACGAGGCGCGUUUGGACCGGAUCAUGGUGCGGGACAGCCCGGACAGCGUGCACACCUUCCUCACGGUCAGAGCUGUGGAUGAACUGGAGCAGGCGAUCACGCAACUCAAAGACCGCAUCGAGAAACUGGAGUCAGACAUUGGCCCGUUUCCUCACAACCAGACGGACAGCAAUACCUCAGGAUUGCCAGAGGAAGGCGGAAUGUCUGGCGGACCGGAGAGGUUGGCUGAUCCUGGACACAGAGCAGGUGGUGAUGGGCCCUGGAGGAUGGAAGAUGUGGAGAGGGACCUGGAAAAGAAGAUGCAGCUUUUGGAGAAAGAGAGAAAAGCCCUCAGAGGGGACUCUGAGAAGCACAGACAAGAAAUUGACCACAGCAUUAAUAAUCUACACCAUCGGCUGUCAGGACUGGAGGGAGGUAUCUCAGGCCAUUCUUUCCCGGAGGGCUACAGGCUAUCUUUCCCCUCACGGACAAACUACAUGUAUGCGGUUGUGAAACACCCGAUCCCAAAGCUGCAGGCCUUUACGAUCUGCAUGUGGCUGCGGCCGACAGAAGGAAGCAUUGGUACACCGCUUUCUUACGCCGUCCCUGAUCAACCGAACGAAGUGGUGCUGCUGCAGGGCGUGCACACACCCACUGAGCUGCUCAUCAAUGACAAGGUGGCACAGUUGCCGCUGAACCUGUCCAGAGGAAGUUGGCAGCACAUCUGUGUGAGCUGGAGCCAGAAGGGUGGAGUCUGGCAGGCCUAUCAGGGGGGCAAACUGAAGGGUGAGGGCCAUGCGCUGGCACCUGGACACCACAUCAGACCCGGCGGAGUGCUCAUACUGGGACAGGAACAGGAUUCUUUGGGCGGUGGUUUUGAUACCACCCAGGCUCUGGUUGGGGAGUUGUCCCAGGUGGGACUUUGGAACCGGAUUCUGACACCUGGACAGGUGGCCAGCUUGGCACUCUGCAACAGAGUGACCCAGGGCAGUGUUGCUCCCUGGAUCAAGAAUGGAGUUGAGGUCUACGGUGGAGCUUCCAAGAAUUCGGGAGAACCUUGCAGUAAGCACACCAGCAGCUCUCAGUAACCAAAGAGUCUACAAGGAAUGCGGAAGGGCAACAACAGUUGGAGAAAGGGGAA